ACAAAAAAUCCUCCGGUGAAUCGUUACGAUAAAAUAUUUGCUGAAAUCCGCUUGAAACAUUAAAAUGAGCGUUAAAACAGGAGCCAACGUUUGUCCACUAAGUGAGGAGCGCUCUGGGAGUGUGCGGGAAGUUGGUGAACAUGCCGUGUGGAGCCUAUCCUCGUGCAAACCAGGUUUCGGCGUGGACCAACUGCGGGACAAUUCAACAGAAACGUACUGGCAAUCGGAUGGACAGCUACCCCAUCUGGUCAGCAUACAGUUCCACCAGAUGACGAGCGUGAGCCAGAUUUACAUUUACUCCGAUUACAAGCUGGAUGAAAGCUACACGCCAAGCCGGAUAUCGAUACGGCGCGGUACGCAUUUCAACGAUUUGCAGGAGAUCGAUGUGGUGGAUCUGUGCGAGCCAUCGGGCUGGGUGUGCAUUCCGAUCAAGGGAGGAACGGACAGUUACCUCUGCACCUUCAUGAUACAGAUUGCCGUCAUCAGCAACCAUCAGAAUGGGCGCGAUACCCACAUGCGGCAAAUCCGCAUUCACUCUCCGACCGCCGAAACGCAUUAUCCGCUGGAGCAGCACGGCACGUUCAGUACGAUCGAGUUUCAACAAUAUCGUACGAUACGUUAGAAGGCGCCCCCGUGAUGAUGAUCUCCCGAAUACAAAUAUAAGUUACAGUUCCGAGGCACGAAAAUUUACUUUUUUGUAGAAACAUGAAAACGAAUCAGAUUUAUUUCCAAAACACACCCCCCAAUACUCGAAUUUGUCGGAUAAAUAAGUGACAUACCGUU